UGCAUACACUAAAGGUCUUGCAUAGGGCCAAGGGUUACUAUUUUUUGCAUAUGCGGUACAAAGUUGAUUAGUGCAUUAGUCACAUGCUACUGCAACCAUUGUAGAAGAAAGUUUUUAGCCGAAUCUUUAUACCAUAAGAAGGAGUGGACCUAUACGUGUUAGAACCCAUAAGUUAGUCUGGCUUAGGUCAGAGCCAUGUAAACAUCUCCUAACUCUGCCUUGCUGAGAGUUUUAGCCAGCCAGAAAAAUGUUCAUUUUCCUUACCCUGCUAAUGUAAGGCAUAACUACAUCUAAGCCACAAAUGUUAUACCUAGGUCUAAAAUCAAGUUAUUGUUCCUGCUCAUGUUCCUGAAAACUUUGUUGUUGCAAGAGAGGAGAACACUAAACAAGGGCCUCUAUGAAUUACUCUAAUCUCUUUGCUGGUCAGGUUAGUGGCACCAUCCCUCUGCCCUGGUGCAAGAACUUUUAAAGAAAAUUUAGCUUUUUGGAGAAAUAGGGAACAUAUGUGUGAAGCUGACUGGAGAGGCAGAUACCACCAUUUGACCUAAAUUAAGUCAGAAAACGAUCCUUGGAGCAAUGUCCCAUCUCGAAAUAAGGGCAUCUUGGCCCCUCUUGAACAUAUUCAAUGAAUCAAGACUAGCAACAGGAAGGGACUUCCAUUAUCUCAUUGAUCUUACUGUAAAGAAAGAGCGCAAUGACUAAGUUUAUCCUGGUAGAUAAUCAAAAUCCAAACAGUCUAAAAUAAAGAAAACUAUGCCGGACCACACCCUUCUGCCAGUGAUAUAGGUCAUAUUUGGUUUUCUUCCUUCUAAGUAGUCUUUACUAUGGCAUCUAAUGAUCUGGAGGAAGAGCUGCUCUGCUCCAUCUGUCUGCAGAUCUAUACUGAUCCCAUAACCCUGAGAUGUGGACACAACUUCUGCCGAAACUGUAUUGAUCAGUUCUUGGAUACACAGCAUGAAUCUGGAGUUUAUUCCUGUCCUGAAUGUAGAGUAAAGUUUCACGAUCGACCUGUAUUGAUAAGGAACAUAACUCUACAUAAUGUAGCAGAACGUCUCCAGUCUUCUCAGCCACCUCAGGAGGAGGCCACCGGGAUCUGCUGCACUUUCUGCGUGGACUCUCCUGUACCUGCUGUAAAGUCCUGUCUGCACUGUGAGACUUCUCUAUGUGAAAAUCAUCUGAGAGUUCACAGCAAGGAACCUGAACACGUCCUGACUGACCCCAGCACUUCUCUGGAGAAAAGGAAAUGUUCUGUCCAUAAGGAAGUUUUAAAGUACUAUUGUCCUAAGGAUGCUAUAUGUAUUUGUGUGUCCUGUGGUUUGGCCGGAGAACAUCGGGGACACCAAGUGGAGAUGCUGGAUGAGGCCUCUGAGAAGAAGAUGAAGAAACUGAGAAAUGUUCUGCAAAUACUGACAACUAAGUGGAUUCAGUCCAAGUACAGAGUCCAGAGUCUGGAGGAGCGAUGGAAAAGAGCUCAAGAAAAGGCAGCUGGAGAAGUGGAGAGAGUCACUGCCGUAUUCAUAGACAUGAGAAGACGGCUGGACGACCUGGAGAAGAAGGUCCUGAGUGAGAUCUCCAGGCAGGAGGAGCAGAUAUCAUUGUCACUGUCUGCUCUGAUCCAGAAUCUGGAAAUAAAGAAGGACGAGCUGUCCAGGAAGAUGAGGCACAUUGAGGAGCUGUGUAACAUGACGGAUCCACUGACUGUCUUACAGGAUCCAGACACAGGUGACUUGUGUGAUCCUGAGGAGGGGGGAGGGGAUGAGGACACAGGGGGACAUGAUCAGACACAUGAUGUAGAUGGGGAUCUGAUUAUAAGAAUGAUACAUGCAGGUUUCUCUGUCAUAAUGACAUAUCUACCGACCAUCUCACCUGCAAAACCAAAAGAAAUGCCGCCAAAAUCCCCCAAAGCUCGAACUCUUCCUAAGAAAACACAAGUUUUACGUUUGCCAAGUACCAAGUAUGUGCCAAGUAUAAAGUAUGUAAACUUGGGGAUCAAAGGUGUUGGGGGUAAGGUAUCGGCUGCAGGAGAUGGAGGGAUCUAUGGGCAGGGUCCUGCAGAUAUAUCAUUGGAUGUAAACACGGCUGGGAAUAAUGAUAAUCAGGUGAUAAGCAGAAGGAGAUUCUCCUCGGGACGACAUUACUGGGACGUAGAGAUCAGUAAAUCCGGAUGGUGGAGAGUGGGGAUGUGUUAUUCCAGUAUGGACAGGAGGGGUGGAGAGCCAGUCAUUGGAGAUAACAAGAAGUCCUGGAGUUUGUGUAAACGGCUGAGGUUUUUUGUUACUCAUUAUUCAGUCAGACAUGAUGGUAAAGAGACCCAGUUACCUCACCAGGUCUCCAGUGAUAGAGUCAGGAUCUGUCUGGAUUAUGGGGCCGGGCAGCUGUCCUUUUAUGAGCUGUGUGACCCCAUCAGACACUUACACACCUUCACCACCACCUUCACCGAGCCCCUUCAUGCUGCGGUAUGUAUAUGGGAAGGUUCUAUAAAGAUAUCAGGGGGGGAGGAGCAGCUGUGAGGAAACAUUAUCAUAGAAUAAUCCUGCCCAGAUGACAUCACAGAAUCUGGUUGGUGGAGCAGGAAGUAUAUGAUACUUGAGGGAGGGGCUAAAUUUAAUCUUUUUCUCUAUAUCACAAAUUUUCCUGAUGGUUAUGAAUACUUUCCCACUAAGAGAUAAUAAAGUUUAAAUGUCAAGAUGAAAUUUUAGUAAUAAUCUGUUUAUUAUUUUCAUUAAAAAAACGGAUAACGUGCAUAACACCCAUCCCCCAGGUGUUCCUCAGUCCUGAGUUAUGACUCUUUAAAUUGAUUGAUACAUUAAUAAACCUGCUCUAUUACUCCAUGAUGUUUCGGCCUCAUUAUUAAAGGGG